AUGGCGGACAGCCGCAUAUUUUUCGGCGAGGCGACACCAGAACCCGAAACGCUACACGAUGCAGAGGCAGGACUGCUUUCUUCGCCUGAAUCAGCCACCCAGGCCCUUCGAGCGGCUCUGGAUGUCGCAGGUCUCGAGCUGACAGCAAGAAGCCGGAAAGCGCUCGCCAGACUUGCUCGUUCUUCUUCGCUUCAACAGUGGGAACACGCUUUACGUACCGUCAACCUUCGUCUGCGGGGCCUCGGUAAAGGUGGCGUUCACUCCAGGAAGCAGAAAGACAAGUCGCUGUCUGCCUCCCCUGCUUCCUCGUCUCCCCCUUUGUCUCCGACGGAUUCUUCUGUCUCGGGCAGCGAGCCGCCCGCGUCUCCAGAACACCAUGUGACUGUGCGGACGUCUGAGGCGGUGAAGCGAUUGAUGCAUGCACUGGAGACUCACGCACUUACAGUUGACUUUGUGUGGACUGUUGACAAGGAACCGAGUUCUCGGGAAAAACUGAAGCAGUCGGUCCUCUUCCAGGGCCCCGAAGAGUCGAGUUACCAGCUCGCUAGAGCAGAGGAGAUAAAAGCGGAGACAGAAGGAAAGCAAGAACAGCAAGGGCAGCCGUCAAGAGUAGAAGGAGCCCUCCUCAUCUUCAAACAUAUCGACGAAGGAAACCACACUGAUGAACAAGGCAUUACUUUGAUGCUUCGGCACUCAACAUCGCACACCAAGGCGCUCCCAGAUCUGGCAGGGACUUGUCGCGUGGUGCGGCGGGUGUUCACUCUGUUCGUCCGGCGAUUCAGUUUCCCUCAACCCCGGACAACUCUUUCGCUUUCCUUCUUGAAACUGGCGCCCGACGUAACUCUUCCUAAAGACAUUGACGAGGCCGUGAUCUAUCCAGAGGACCAUGUUCAAACCCGCUGGACAGUGCAGAGUGUCUUGGAGAGAGAGGGAGAAGGGGAGGCGGCAGAACUCAAAGGCCUUCACGUGCGAGAGCUUGGCGAGAUAAAGAAACAGUGCUUGCUUCUGCCUCUCCAGUUCCACAGUCAGCAGUCGUGA